AUGUCCAUAAUCCAAAAGGCCCUUGGGAAAGAACCCACGACAGUGGUGAUCUUUCUGGCCAACACGAAGGCCUUUUUCGAGUACUUGAUAAAGUUCGGCCAGAAGGGCAGCCGCAUCUCCAGCCAGCGCGUCAGGAUCCUCCACCACGAAGUGGCCAAACUGGCCCGGGAUUUCAGCCGGCGUGUGACAGCGCACCAGCAGGCCGUCAAGGCCAAAAAGCUGGACCGGCUGAUUUCCCGGGAGGACCUGACGCGCUGCAUUGAGGCGUGCAGGGAUGUCAUCCCCACCCUCCUGGAUGAGGUUGAGGCUGCGCCCAUCGAGGACUGUUUGAGCCGCUUCCGUUUCUUCGGGCACCUGGCGGCCUACCUGGCCUCCAUUUAUGGCCACAGGUCGUGUGUUUACACGAACCUGCUGGCCAGGGAGGUCAGGGAGGCCAAGGGUGAUGAAAACGCUGGCUACCUCGUCAAUGUGAGCAAUCACAAGACCACGCAUAAAUAUGGCAUGGCCCAGAUAUACCUCACCCCAGAGGAAUAUGGUUGGUGCACCCGGUGGCUGGGCCUGCUCAACCGGGGGGUGCCGUCCAACCGCUUCUUUUUUUCGAACAACGGCAAGGGGGUCAUGAAAGACCUUAAAAGGUACAUGAUCCGGGCGUGGCAGGAGAUCGGGCUCAAGGGUGAGCCCGAUUUCCUUGACAUCCGGACGGCGGUGUCAACCUUCGUAAGUUGA